GAGACAUUUUUCAGACCUGUAGUAACGUCGUGCGGGAGCGAUAUCCGGCUGCCCGGCCGGGAUAACAGCGCUGCCUACCAAAGCCACAUGCUCUCCUUAUCAGCUGAGGGUUUGAGUAGAAGGAGAACCUUAAUUUUUUUCUCGUGUACCGGUGGCUUUUAAACGAAAUUUUGGUACUUUUCUUUAUUUAUUUUCUACUUUAAGGAUUGUUGUUUUUUUCCUUUCAAGAACAUUUAAAAUUAUCAAUUUAGAAAAAGAUCUCGUCGGUAUUCUGAGGAUUUCUGAGGGAAAAUCCUGGGGUUUCAGCUUCGCCAAGGCAAGGCAAAUCCGGCAUCCAAGGACAAAAGAGCGAGCUCAGUGGAGACUGCCACCGAGGGGCAGUCAUCAGGCCAAAUAUUCCCCACUUCAUCUAAUACUGGGAAAAGCUAAUUGAAUUCCCAUCAUGGACAGAGCAGACGUGAGCAAGUUUAACAUCUCUCCAGAUGAAGACAGCAGUAGCUAUAGCUCCAACAGCAAUGACUUCAAUUAUCCAUAUCCAACCAAAGCACCUAUGAGACCAUGUGUAGACAGGGAUCCAGAAAAUCAAAAUUUCCUGCUUGAAUCCAAUCUUGGAAAGAAGAAGUAUGACAUUGAAUAUCAUCCAGGUACUACUUCCUUUGGAAUGUCAGCGUUUAAUCUGAGCAAUGUUAUUAUGGGUAGUGGCAUCCUUGGACUUUCUUAUGCCAUGGCAAACACUGGAAUUAUUCUUUUUGUGAUCCUCUUGGUGGUUGUGUCAAUAUUCUCUUUAUAUUCAGUUCAUCUUCUCCUAAAGACUGCCAAUGAAGGAGGAUCUCUGUUAUACGAACAGCUAGGAAUGAAGGCAUUUGGUUUGGCUGGGAAAAUUGCAGCUUCUGGAUCAAUUACAAUGCAGAACAUUGGAGCUAUGUCAAGCUACCUCUACAUAGUGAAAUAUGAGUUGCCAUUGGUCAUCAAGUCAUUUAUGAACAUCGAAGAGAACACAGGAGAAUGGUAUCUUAAUGGUGACUGUUUGGUUGUGCUGGUGUCUAUAGUGUUCAUUCUUCCUUUGUCCCUGCUGAAAAAUUUAGGAUAUUUAGGAUAUACAAGUGGCCUUUCCUUAAUGUGUAUGGUCUUCUUCCUUAUUGUUGUAAUUUGCAAGACGUUCCAAAUCCCUUGUCCUUUGGGAUUGGAGUAUGACAUGAUGAACACAACUCUGAAUGGCACAUUGGCACACCUGGCAACUGCUGCACCUUUGCAUGGAACAGCACAAAACAUGACUAGUGAUGACAUGUGCAGGCCAAAAUAUUUCGUCUUCAACUCACAGACUGUCUAUGCCGUACCAAUCCUAACAUUCUCUUUUGUCUGCCAUCCUGCUAUUCUUCCUAUUUAUGAAGAACUGAAAGGCCGAACCCGUAGAAGAAUGAUGAAUGUGUCCAAUGUUUCAUUUUUUGCCAUGUUUAUAAUGUACCUAUUGGCUGCUCUCUUUGGAUACCUGACAUUUUAUGGAAAUGUUGAAGCAGAAUUGCUUCAUACUUACUCUGAAGUCCUGGGUUCUGACGUUAUUAUUCUUAUUGUGCGUCUGGCUGUACUUAUGGCUGUAACACUUACUGUACCUGUAGUUAUCUUCCCAAUCCGCACUUCAAUUACACAGCUGUUUUGUGCAGAGAAGGAGUUCAGUUGGUUACGUCACAGUUUAAUUACAGUUUUUGUUUUGGCAUUUACCAAUGUUCUCGUAAUCUUUGUCCCUUCCAUUCGAGAUAUAUUUGGAUUCAUUGGUGCCUCUGCUGCUGCUAUGCUGAUCUUUAUACUUCCUUCUGCUUUCUAUAUCAAACUAGUGAAGAAAGAACCUCUGAAAUCAGUGCAGAAGAUUGGGGCUAUACUCUUCCUGGUGAGUGGCCUGUUUGUGAUGAUUGGAAGCAUGAUCUUGAUUAUUAUGGAUUGGAUCCAUAAUUAUGCAUCUGGUGGACAUUAACUGGCACGAUUUAAUCUCGAAUACUCCAGCAUUCACUGAAAUAUCUACUGAGAAAGAAAAUUACCUGGGUUUGCAAUUUUGCUUCCUUUAAAAUGCAGAUUCUUUGAUGCUGGUUCUUCUGACUGUAGAAUAAGUGAACUCUUGAAAAGAAACUAUUCUGCAUGAUGGAAGUGGCUAUUAACAUCAAACCACCUGAGUCUCUGGCUGAGGGAAGUGACAAUUUUAUUCCAUUCCAGAGAAUGGACACAACUCUCUGUAGAAUUUUAUCAAGCCAUGUUUGGCUUUUGUCAUUGUUACUUGGGUAUUUUAUUAUUUUACUUGAAUGUGCCUAAUGGAACCAUUUGAUGUGAAAAAUAACUCUUAAUUUACAGCAAAGUGUUGAUAUAUCUAAUGA